AUGGUUUCUGCGGGUACACCGUGUUUCGGACGAGCUGUCACAAUUCAGAGAUUCUACUUCAAUCCAAACACGAGAAAGUGUCAAGCGUUCCAAUAUUACGGUUGCAACGGUAACGGCAAUAACUUCGCUACAUUACAGAGUUGCCAAGAUCACUGCCUGAAUGCUGUAGAUACUGUCUGUGGUGGUGCCGCGGCUCUCAUGGAUCCAAAUCAACAACCUCAGCGUUGCUCUGGUAAUGUGCCUUGCCCGGCCGGGUACAUCUGUAAUCCAGAACAGUUCUGCUGCCCAACAACUGAAACAGCCUGCUCUGCACCUAUGAGCAGAGGAAAUGUUUGUUCUGGAUCUCCUUUGCGAACUAUGUGGUACUACGACCCUUCACAAGGAAAAUGCAUUCAAUUUGCAUACAACGGUAGGUAG